AUGGCCUACUCAGACCGAAAAAAUAACCCAAUGAAAAGGGUUCUUGCCUCGUCUCGACGUGAGGUCCAGCUUGAUGGGAUCCCAAAAAAAAAGCGGCCUGCAACUGCUCCAGAAGUUUCUCCGGGCCUGCUGGAUUCCCGCCUGAGCCAAGUUCUGAUAUUGACGUCCCGCCCCAACCUGGGCCAGAAGCAGUCCGUGGUGUCACCUGCUGUUUCGUCGGCGUUUUACGCUAGGCCGAAAAGCGGCUUGGAACAACAGUACGAGCGCAAUUUGCAAAGAUUUCUUCCAGUGGAAGAAAAUGCCACAUUCAAGCCUCUUCUGAGCGAAGGAGAGGGCGAGAAUCCAGGCUUAAAGAAGGAAGAGGACGCGGAUAGAGAUGGCGUUGAGGGAAGUGAAAGCAAAGAAUCAGAAAGCGUGGACUGUCCAAACACUGAAUCGGAGCCUGAUCAAACAAACGGGGAUGUGGAGGUUUCUUUAUCCCAGAUAGCCGAUCCAGAAAGCGCGGAGCACAGUGACUUUUGUGUUGGCAUGUCCCUUAAGGUGGCGGAUUUCUUCCUCGAGGCCGCCCACGCUUCUGUUCUUGAAGCAAAUGACCUUCCGGGAGCAAAAUCAUACUUUUCCCAUAUCAAGACGGCAAUUAAAGCGCUCUUGUUUCUUUUGGCCCAGCCAUCGCUAGACCCUGCUUUAGAGCUGGUCGUUUGUAUCCGUUUGGCUCACAUAUUCUUCUCUGAAUCAGAAAACUUGGAAAGCGCAGACAAGUAUGUUCUCCGUGGCAUAUCGUUGGCGGUGCGUCACAACUUGGACCAUAUUCGUGCUUCAGGUGAACUUCUAUACGCCCAGAUCCUCCAGAAAUCAAAUCCUAGGCUUGUGAAUUCAUUUUUGCUUGACAAAAUCUCCUUCUACGGCAAUCUGCCUGUGGCUGACUUAUUCGCGUUGGUUCGAGCUGAUAAUCUCUUAGUUACUGAGGUUCAAACGGCUGCUCUGGCACUUCGGGCUUUGUCUGUGCUGGAAAAUACUACGCCAUUAAUUCGAGCGUUGGCUCUUUUGUCGCAAGUAAGCUUAUGUUUGUACCGCGGUUCUCCUGGAGAAUGUGGCUCUUUGCUCAAGAGUUUUAGACUGGUUACUGAAAAUGUCGACUGUCCUUCGCAAAUGAAAGGAAUGGCUCUUUUACUCGAGCUCGCGUCAAUGGGCCAAUGCAAAGACGGAGAUGUAAAGCAACGCGUUCAAUCAGUGUCAAAAUUUGUGUCUACGGAACGGAAAUCAGACUGGAAAGGCUGGACUGACGAUGGAAGCUUCGAGUUCCAUAUUCCUAUUGCCAAUGGGACAAUUCCUUAUACAGUUCAGUGGAUAAAUUCAGAUGAGUUCACAGUGAUGUUUUAUUUUUUGAGUGGGGUGCUUUUUUUGGAUUCGGGCAGCUACAAAAAGGCCCUGAAGGUGUUUUCUGCAUGCUUGGAUUCUGUAGAUGACCAACUACAAGAACUCACACAAGCGAAACCUAGCAAAAGAGCUUUCUGUAUGAGCCUUUUGACGGAGAAAAUUGUGCGGUUGAACUUUGUUCGCAUAUCUGUGUACUGCUAUAAAGUAUGGCUCAACUUCAUGCAGAAGAAUGAUUUCUCUGGGAUUGAGUUCUUGCAAAACUUCAUUCGGGAUUUUGAUCACGACAACUUCACCACUGAAGAGUUGUGCUACUACAAGCUACUUCUCCCACGCAUGUUAUACUUGGCAGCACUUUAUUACCAAACACACGGUGAUUUGACAGCGGCAAAGUACUAUUUUCUUCGUGUGAAGAAUCUCACUAGCUCGCAUGGUGAUUCGCUGGUGGAAACUUCGUUACUCCAAAAGAAUUUGGGAAUUGGAUGCGAAACCCUCGUCUCUUUGGACUCUGCUAACGAAUAUAAUGUGUGUUCGACGAUCCAUCUAUUGCUCAUUUCCGAAUAUGAAAUGCGCUUACUAUCGCAGGAGAAGACUUCUGAAAAGCUGCAUGCCAAGGCAGCUAGAAUUAGAUCCUUUUUGGGUCUGCUACAUUCAGAUUUAUCUACUGCUAUGACAUCUUCCCUGACCUUUGCAACUUCAAACCCAUUGUAUUUGCUUACUUACAAAUCUGUGCUUUGCAUCUACCAGAAUAAAGGUUUCCCUGUUGGCGACUCCACGCGGAAUACCGAACUUGUUAAAGAUAUAAAGGAGUUAGUUGCGAAAUCCCCACAGAGUGGUUAUCUAGCCACGCUUAUCGCAUACGUUACUUUCCGUCUUUCCACGGACAUUACUGAGCGAAAACGGUUGUUUGCAGAAUGUUACGAAGGCACAGCGGGCAAAGAUGACAACAGCAGAAUAUUACGUCUUUUGCUUGCUCAAGAAGAGCGGAAGAGCAAAAGUGAGCUUGGCGAUCGUGAUCGUAUUGGACGGAUAGACACGAAGAUCGAAAAGCUCAACCAUACUAUAGAUGCCAAGUUUAAGCUCGCGCAAUGGGGAAAUUCGGAGAGCUCGAAAGACGGAGACAAAGAGGGAACGGAGAUACACGGAGUCUAA